AUGACCCAGCCCAAUGUGAGCCUGGUGACUGCCAACCUCAGCGGGGCCUGGGCCAGGGCCGGAAGCGACGACCUAGGUUAUGGAGCAGGGAACUUCUAUCGUCCGUUCUCAGUGUUCAGCGUGCUAACUCUCACCCUGCUAGCCAUGCUGGUGGUGGCUACCUUCGUGUGGAACCUCCUAGUUCUCCUCACCAUCCUGAGGGUGCGUACCUUCCACCGCGUGCCCCACAACCUGGUGGCCUCCAUGGCCAUCUCGGACGUGAUGGUGGCCGCCCUGGUCAUGCCCCUGAGCCUGGUGCACGAGCUCAACGGGAGGCUGUGGAAGCUGGGCCGCGUGCUCUGCCAGGUAUGGAUCUCCUUCGACGUGCUCUGCUGCACGGCCAGCAUCUGGAACGUGACGGCCAUCGCCCUGGACCGCUACUGGUCCAUCACCAGACACUUGGAGUACACGCUCAAGACCCGCAAGAGGAUCUCCAAUGUGAUGAUUGCUCUUACCUGGCUGUUGUCCUCCGUCAUCUCCCUGUCGCCGCUGUUCGGCUGGGGGGAGACCUACUCGGAGGAGGGCAUGGAGUGCCAGGUGAGCCAGGAGCCCUCCUACACUAUCUUCUCCACCUUCGGAGCGUUCUACCUGCCGCUGUGCGUGGUGCUCUUCGUCUACUGGAAGAUCUACAAGGCUGCCAAGUUCCGUAUCGGCUCGUGCAAAACCAACACCAUCACGCCUAUGGCUGAGGUGAUUGAGGUGAAGGAAACGUCGCGGCAGCCCCAGAUGGUGUUCACAGUGCGCCACGCCACUGUGACCUUCCAGACGGACGGCGACACGUGGCGCGAGCAGAAGGAGAAGAAGGCGGCGCUGAUGGUGGGCAUCCUGAUCGGCGUCUUCGUCCUCUGCUGGAUCCCCUUCUUCCUCACGGAGCUCAUCAUCCCGCUGUGCCACUGCGACAUCCCGCCCAUCUGGAAGAGCAUCUUCCUGUGGCUGGGCUACUCCAACUCCUUCUUCAACCCGCUUAUCUACACCGCCUUUAACAAGAACUACAACAACGCCCUUAGGAACCUGUUCUCCCGUCAACGCUGAGGCUGAGGGCUAAAGGGUGAGGGCUAAAAGAGAAUGAGGGCUAAAGGACAAAACAGAUCAUGCCAAAUAGCGGUUCAAAUCAACGGGCGGCCGUUCAAUUGUCUCUGACCACAGAACAUUGGCCAUCAUUUUCUGUUCAUUUAAAACUAAGGCUGAGGCUGGGGAUAAGGCAGAGGCGGAGAAUGGGGCUGUCUUGGAAAAACACACCAUCACAUGAUCAAAUUGAUGUCACAGGAAUGGUGUUGAGGGGGGUAACUUUCCUUAGAUACACCAUAGACUGAAAACAAAAUAAAUAUGGUUAUCUCAUAAACCAUAAGACUCAACUACAAACCAUGGCCAGCUAGCACAUUUUGUUCCUUGGAAGUUGUGGGAAUGUACAUUUUUGUUUUCCCAUUGGUUCUGGGAAUGAAGCCAUACGUUUCCUGAC